UUCGUCUCCCUUCUCUCUCUCUGUUGCUCAACCCAGCGAUUCUGCUCUCUGAUUCUUGUGCCCGUCACCUAGCUAGGGUUUGCUUUCUCCAAUCGCGAUGAAAUCCAGGUUCCCGGCGACUCUGCUCUCAUUUGCGGCGGUGCUGCUGCCGCUGCUCUGCAUUCAGGCGGUUCCGUUAACAUUUGCAGGCACCGCGUACUCUUCUAAGCUCAUUCACCGUUUCUCUGACGAAGCGCGCUCCAUUUUGGCGGCUAAGGGGAAACAUCCGCCAUGGCCGAAGCCUGAAAGCUUGGAGCAAGCCAGGGUUCUUCUCAGCAGCGACUUCAAGAGGCAGCGGCUGAAGCUUCAGAAGCAGCUCCUUGUUCCUUCUGAAGGUGGCCAGACUUUUGACUUCGGCAAUGAGUUGAGCUGGUUGCAUUAUACAUGGAUUGAUAUUGGAACACCAAAUGUCUCAUUUCUUGUUGCGUUAGAUGCUGGAAGUGAUUUGCUCUGGGUUCCUUGUGACUGUGUACAGUGUGCCCCAUUGUCUUCAAGCUACUAUACUGUUUUGGAUAGAGAUAUGAAUGAGUAUAGUCCAUCCCGAUCAAGCUCCAGCAAGUACCUUCCUUGCAGCCAUCAAUCAUGUGAAUUGGGUCCAAAUUGCAAAAGCUCUAAGGACCCAUGCCCUUACAUGGCUAACUACACUACAGAAAGUACAUCAAGUUCAGGAUUUCUUGUUGAGGAUAAGUUGCAUUUGGUCUUAUUUGGUGAGAAUUCACACCAAGCCUCUCCCUUGGCUCCGGUCAUAAUAGGAUGUGGAAACAAACAGAGUGGUGGCUAUUUGGACGGGGCAGCUCCAGAUGGUGUUUUGGGAUUGGGACCUGGCAAGAUAUCUGUUCCCAGCCAGCUAGCAAAUUCUGGACUGGUCCCACAUUCUUUCUCUUUUUGUUUCGACAAGAGCCAUUCUGGUAGAAUUUUCUUUGGUGACCAAGGUCCUGGAAGUCAAAGAUCUACUCCCCUUUUGCCACUUGAAGGGAAUUACAACACGUACAUUGUGGAGGCAGAAUAUUAUUGUCUUGCGGGUUCAUGUUUAAAGAAAUCUGGAUUUCAAGCACAAGUUGACAGUGGUACAUCUUUCACGUUCCUACCUUUUGAGAUCUACGAAAAAGUUGUUGUUAAGUUUGAUGAACUAAUGAAUGGUACUGGCUCUGCCAUAGAUGUCUUUCCCUACUGCUACAAGGCUCGUUCACAUGGUUUACCAAACUUUCCCAGUAUGAAGCUCAUACUUUCUACCAACCAAACUUUUGUUGUUCAGAACCCCAUGUUUCCUAUCGGUAACUCUGAGGGAGACAACUAUUACUGUUUAGGCAUACAAGCAACAGAUGGAGCAUAUGGACUUAUAGGGCAAAAUUUCAUGACUGGGUACAAGAUGGUAUUUGAUUGGGAGAAAUUGAAGUUGGGCUGGUCGGCUUCUAACUGUAGAGGAGCAGAUAAAACAGCUGUAACGCCUGCCCCGAGUGGGUUGUCGGAAAAUCCACUGCCAACAGAUCAACAGCAGAGAAGCCCGCGCAUUACUGCAUACCCCCCUGCCAUUGCAGGCAGGACUCCUCCAACGCCGCCACCAUCAUCAUCACCUCCACCUUGUACCAUUAGAUGUCAGCACUGUACUCUCAUCCUCCUCAUUCUCCUACUUUUAUUCAUGUUGUUUUGACAUCUAUCUAUGCCGCUGUAUUUUAUUUAUCUGUAAAUUCACAUAUAUUUUGUUUUCUUAGUGAAGCUUUCCCAUCAGGCCCUGUCUUCAGAGCGAGUUACUGACCAUUCUCUGUCAUAGAAUAGCCGUUCAGUUUGAUUUUUUUUUUUGUGUGAAUCAAAUUGGAUAAAUUUU